GUGUCUCCUUACCAAUUCAUUCAUUCAUUUAUUCGCCCUUUCAAACUUCACUUGUACAAUUUUCUUCUCUCUUCGUCGGUUUUAUCUAAGGUGAUCAUAAUGCCAUAUUGAGAAACUUACCAUAGCCUCACCAAUAGCUUAAAUCCUAUCCGCAGCUAUGCCUGUCGAUUUUGUUGCAAAUGUCAUAUGGGGGAAGGUCACCUGGCUCCCUAGUCUUUGGACUAUGGCCAAGGUAGUACCGGCUGUUCUUGUCAUUGUGUUGGUGAAGCUCUUCUCUGCAGGAGUGAAGAAUUCUUCAGAGAGGAAGAUGCAUGGGAAAGUGGUUCUGGUAACAGGAGGGACGUCUGGGAUAGGAGCUGCAGCAGUUCUAGACCUAGCAUCACGAGGAGCGCAGAUUGUUCUUCUCACACGUCAAUCUCCAACGGAUAUGUUCCUUGUCGACUACAUUGAGGACUUGCGAGAAAGAUCCGGAAACGAAUUGAUUUACGCCGAACAAGUCGACUUGUCAUCAUUGUAUAGCGUUCGAAAAUUUGCUACGAAAUGGAUUAACAACGCACCGCCCCGACGACUAGAUAUGAUUAUACUAUGUGCUGCCACACUCACGCCUCCUAGCAGGCCUCGCGUUACAACAGCAGAGGGUAUUGAAGAAACCUGGAUGGUUAAUUACCUGGCAAAUUUCCACCUUUUGAGCAUUCUCAGUCCUGCGAUUCGCGCUCAACCACCGGAUAGAGAUGUGCGAAUUAUAUUUACAACCUGUUCCUCUUAUGACAAGAGUCCCAUUGUUGGAGAUGGCAGUGAUGCGAUGAAAAAGAAGGAUUGGAGUCCUUCUGUGGCAUAUGCCAGAAGUAAGAUGGCAUUAAUGAUAUUUGGACAAGCUUUUCAGAAACACCUCGAGUCAUACAAACGACCUGAUGAGGCGAUCAUGAACGCGCGAGUGAUAUUUGUGGAUCCGGGAUAUUGUCGUACACCAGGAUUCAGAAGAUGGUUCUCGCGGGGUACAUUGUGGGGAUUGGCAUUAUAUGUUAUGUUAUGGCAAAAUGUUUGGCUUCUAUUGAAGAGCUCUCAAGGGGGUGCACAGAGUAUCUCCUAUGCCGCUAUGGAAGGAGCACUGGGAAGAGGGCCUGGUGGAAAGCUCAUUAAAGAGUGCAGUGAAAUAAAUUUCACUACAUCUGAUGUUAAGGACGAGAAGAUUGCAAAAAAGUUAUGGGAGGGCAGUGAGAAGUUGAUCGAGAGGGUUGAGAGAGAGGAAGCCGUCAAAAGAGCUUUGGAGAAGAAGGAAAAGGAGGCGGCGGAAAAGGCAAACGGAUCAAGUGAGAAGCCAUCUGACAGCUCCGAAACUACAGAAAAAGCGACGGAGAAUUCCAAAGGAAAAUCUCGAAGGCAACGUAAGGCGAAAUGAGAUGAUGGAGGAUUAGGUGUCAUAUAGCAUUGCGAUGGAAUCUUCAAUAUAGUACUUUCGGAUACCAGGUCCGACACGGCAUCUUUAUGUGAAGCUUAACAACUUUGGUUCUUACAUCAAGCACAUCUGGUUAAUAUAGCGGUACCCUUAUUUGAAACUCGAUUUUCUUACGACUAAUUAUUUUGCUUA